ACUUGGUAACACAUGUUAAAUUACAAAUAAGUUCAUUAAGUGUAUUUUGUAUUGAAAUAAUCCACUAAGAAUAAAAUAAAAAGUAUUUACGCUUAUCAAAACUUGGAUAUCAGUAACUAUGGAAAGGAAGAGUUUUUGCCUAUUGUUUGUGACGUCACUUCUUGCGAAUUCAUUUUGUGCACCAACGCCCGCGAUUAGGUUACGACGGGCUGAAGAUGAUUUAGAAGAUUCGAAUGAAUUACAAAGUAUUUCAAGCAGUACAAGUACCACUACUACGGAAAAAACUCUACAAACUCCAGACCCGUUUGACGACGACGAUGAUUUCGAUGACCUGACACCAGCGCCAUCUAGCGGCAGUAAUAUCUUCAGUCUUCUAAAUUUGGUCACCGGUUUAUUUCCAGGAUCUAGUUCAGCUAACUCUAGUUUGAGCUCGACGGAUUCAACGGCGUCUCCAUUUUGGACCCUGAAGUUGGACAUCAUCAGAGCGCUGCUGCAGUUCGGCACCAGCUUGCUAGGCACAGCUUCCUCUACAGUAAUAUCAGCUUCAUCCGGUUAAAACCGCUUCCGCUGACGAAACUAAAGAACCUAGUGUCGUCUUGCUCUUUCUCAGUAAGAGUGAAAAGGAAGGAAAUGUUUUACGAGUUUUAUUGUAAUCCGAUUUCACGGAUAGACUAAUUGUAGUGCCAUGUUUUUGUAAAUAAAUGUAAUUUGGUGUUUGA